GAGCAUGCCCCAAGCAUGACGCGCAAGCGUCCACGGAGUGGCCAAAGCAGCUGCAUCCGAAGAUCCACCUGCAUGCCCGAAACGAAGGGCAGGGCGCCUUUUUGGCCAAGGCUGCGAACCCCGCGGCCGAGGCCGAAACGCCAGCGGGCACAGAGUUUCUGACAGAUUGGCGCAGCGGGCAGCAGGGCCCGCUGACCUGUAGCGACAAAAUCGCCACCUGGGCCGCCUUGGGCCUUGCAGGGAAUCUGCUCAGCGCCGGCGUAGAGCCGCUGCGGCUCUCCACCUGUACGAUUGGCCGCAAGUUUUCCUGGCCUCACGCGGCGCGAGCCCUUUGCUGCCGACUCCAAGCCUUCGCGCCCGAAUUCCUCAAGGAGUUGCCCCCGUCAUACGGCCUCCAGCACCUAGACUUGCUGGGCUGCAGCGUGAAGUUCGACGAGGGAACCUACGAGGACGGCUCAGGCGCGGACUUUCGCGACGCUAGAUGUCUUGCCUGGGCUAUGGGCGAUGAGGCGCCCGAAAUCCUCGAUGGCCGCACCGGACGUUUAGCUGACGGAAUGCCCUCAUCGCUUUGUAGCUCGCACCUGGCCAAACUAGGCCGGCCCUGGAGCGCGCUGCUCCCUGAGGCGACUGUUGCAGAUCGACGGCGGUCACAUGCGGAAGCAAAGCAACUUCUGCGAACUUAUGUGGACGACCGCUGCUCCAUCAGA